CCUCAAGCAAAACUAAUUUUUUUCAAAAUAAAAAUAUAAUGGAAAGAAAUUGACGAACUCCGGCCGUAGAAUGCAAUCCUCUGGGCCCGCGCCUAGACCUUGAUAUCCGUAAAAAGUGAGUGAGCCGCGACAGAGAGAGAAAGAGUGAGAGAGAGAGAGGGAGUGCAGCACCAGCACCGAGCACACGGAUUGGAUUUUUGGUCCAGUGAAUCCGCUGCGAUGAUGCCCUACAAUGUGCGAAACGCCGGCGGCGGAAGCGUUGGCGGAAUCCUCCGGCGCACAGGCCUCGGAUCCGGCUCCGGGCCCGGGUCCACGGCGCUCAGUAAUGGAAACGGCACGGGAGGAGCGGGGUCCUCCGCGAGCCUGGAAAACCACCGACAAACGCCGCUGGAACUGCUCGUUUUCGGCUACGCCUGCAAGAUUUUCCGGGACGACGAGAAGGCGCGGGAAAUGGACCACGGCAAGCAGCUAAUUCCCUGGAUGGGCGAUGUAAAUCUCAAGAUAGACAGAUACGAUGUGCGAGGUGCCCUCUGCGAGCUGGCGCCCCACGAGGCGCCACCAGGAGGAUAUGGCAACAGAUUGGAGUACUUGAGCGCCGAGGAACAGCGCGCCGAGCAGCUCUGCGAGGAGGAGCGCUACCUGUUCCUCUACAACAACGAGGAGGAGCUGCGACUGCGACAAGAGGAAGACCUCAAGCGGCUGCAGCAGGAGACCUCCGGCGGCAACUACAGCCAGGUGGGCUUCCAGUACGAUGGCCAGUCGGCAGCCUCGGCUUCCCUCGGCGGCUCUUCCACGGCGCCCUCGCAACUUUCGCCCACUUCCGAGGAGAGCGAGCUGCCCUUCGUCCUACCAUACACACUGAUGCUGGUACCUCCAUUGGACAUGCAGUUGCCGGAAACUAUGAAGCAGCACGCCAUCAUCGAGAAGACUGCUCGCUUCAUCGCCACCCAGGGCGCCCAGAUGGAAAUCCUAAUCAAGGCGAAGCAGGCGAACAACGCGCAGUUUGACUUCCUUACCCAGGGCGGCUACCUACAGCCGUAUUACCGUCACCUUUUGGCCGCCAUCAAGGCGGCAAAGUUCCCGCCUGCUCCGGAAACUACAUUGGAUCAGCAAAAUCCUGACCAGGAGUCGCAAUCCACAAACGUAAACAGCGAGGACGGCGUGGGCGGAAGGAGAAAUACCAACCAAGUCAUCACGGUGCCCACAAUAAAGUACAAACCCUCUGCUAACUGCGCCUACACCCAGCUAAUCAGCAAGAUCAAGGGCGUGCCGCUUCAAGCGGUUUUGCUGGAGGACGAGUCAAGUAAUCCAGGAAACUCCCAGCACUCUGGUACGGCCUCCCCCACCCCCAGCUGCCGAUCCGAAGGUCACAACAGUCAGGGAGGGGAAUUCACGCCCGUGCUGCUCCAAUACAACGGGAGCACGUUCACCCACGAAGCGGAAGCGACGGUCCAGGAACAGCAGGAUGAGAACAGUCGCGAGCCGCCGCAGGUGGAGCUGCUCAAGAACACGAGUGCUCUGGCCUUGGCCCAAAACUACAGUUCCGAAAGCGAGGAGGAGGAGGAUCCAGCUCAGCCAGAAAAGGAGCCCGAGAGGAAGCCGGAGCCCGUUUUGACGUUCCCCGUUCCGGAGGAGAGUCUGCGGCACAUAAUCGACAAGACGGCCACGUACGUGAUCAAGAACGGACGCCAGUUCGAGGAGACCCUGCGCACGAAGAGCGUGGAGCGGUUUAGUUUCCUGCUGCCGGCAAACGAGUUCUAUGCCUACUAUUUGUACAAAGUGACGGGCGAUGUGGACGCGGCUUCCAAGGAGGAGAAGACCCGCAAAGCGGCUGCCGUAGCAGCCGCCUUGAUGUCCAAGAAGGGUCUCAGUUUUGGUGGAGCGGCAGCGGCAGUGACUGGGAACAAUCUGGAUAAGGCUCCUGUAAGUUUCUCCAUUCGCGCACGGGAUGAGCAUGGUCCAUUGCAACCCACUCUUCCGCAGGAGGCCAGCGACGAGGAGACCAGUUCGAUUGCCGGGGCGGAGCAAGUGCGUCCGGUCAUGCCAGAUAGUGUGCAGAGGGCCAUCAAGCAGGUGGAGACGCAACUGUUGGCCAGGACCGCCGGUCAGAAGGCAGGAGGGUCCUCCACGGCUUCCCCCUCAAGCUCUUCGCCGCAGAAAGAGCAGCGACAAGCCGAGGAGCGCGUGAAGGACAAGCUGGCGCAGAUUGCACGUGAAAAGCUGAACGGUAUGAUUUCCCGCGAAAAGCAACUGCAACUCGAGCGAAAGCGUAAGGCGAUGGCCUUUCUAAAUCAGAUAAAAGGUGAGGGUGCCACUGUGGGCUCCGCUGUGCCCGAAGCUGCUCCGAAUCCUCCAGAGCCUGCAGCAGGAGCUUCCCAAACGACAGCCCCCGAAAGUGACGACGAGUCUAACGAGUCGGUGCGAUCCAUACCCAUUACCUACUUUGGACCCGACGACGAUGACGAAGUGGGAGAUCAGAAGCCUGAGGUGAGACUUGAAAAGGAAACACAGGAGGAUGAGGAGGACGACGAGGAUGAGGACGGCGGCGAUCUGGAGAAGUACAAUCUGCUGAACGAUGACAGCACGAACACCUUCACCAGCAAACCCGUGCGUCCCCUCGUGGCUCCUCCUCCUCCUGCCGUUCUCCUCUCCGACGACGACGACGUCCAGCUGGUGGCCACGACCACCUCGCGAUCCUCCAGCUCGCGUCCGCGCAAAACCUCCCGCCGGAGCAGAAGUCGCAGCCGGAAUGGCCGGAGCAGUCCCAGCAGCGCUUCCAGUCGAGAAUCCCCCCACCGACGACGCCAGAGAAGCAGCAAACUUUCCAAGGAACCAUCGUCGACCCCAGCCAGAAAAUACCAGCAGCAGUCCACGCGAAGGAAGAGCCCCAAAAAGAGGAGGCGGAGUAAGAGUAGAAGCCGGUCCAGGAGCGUCCGGCGGAGCAGGAGCAUAUCAAGGGCCAACCGACGGAGCAGAUCGCGAAGCUACUCUGGCAGUCGCGAUACGGAACAGCGACGCCAGCAGCAACGGCGCCGUACGCCCACCAAGAAGACCCACAAGCGGCACAAGCGACGCAGGCGCAGCAGCUCCCCCUGAUAAUCAAACUGCGGCCCCCCAUCCACCUCCACAUUUCAAAGUUUUUUGUAGUUCACAAGUUGUAUCUAAUAAACCACCAACAUAUUUUUGUAAACAA